UUCAGCUCCAUCCAGUCCUCUGACUCUGGAAAGUAUUACUGUUUAGCUGAGAAUGAACUUGGGAGGACAUCUGGAUACAUGUCUGUUGACGUGAAGUAUGCUCCAAAGCUUCCCUCAGUGUCAGUGAGUCCCUCUGGUGAGAUAGUGGAGGGCAGUUCAGUGAAUCUGACCUGUAGCAGUGAUGCUAACCCAGCAGCUGACUACACCUGGUACAAGGAGAACCAAACACUGCUUCAGGGACCAGAAGGCAUCUAUCAUUUCACCUCCAUCAGCUCUGAGGACAGAGGGAUCUAUUACUGCAAGUCUGACAAUCAACAUGGAGAGAUCAACUCCACGUCUCUAUCAGUAGAUGUCCAGUAUGGUCCAAAGCAUCCCUCAGUGUCAGUGAGUCCCUCUGGUGAGAUAGUGGAGGGCAGUUCAGUGAAUCUGACCUGUAGCAGUGAUGCUAACCCAGCAGCUAACUACACCUGGUACAAGGAGAAUGAAGACUCACCAGAAGCAUCAGGACAGAUCUUCACCAUCACUGACUUCAGAGCUGAACACAUUAGGAAUUAUUACUGUGAAGCCCAGAACAACAGAGGACGUCAUAACUCCACCUUACAUCUGACUGUUGCAGGGGAUCCAACAAUGAUGAUGAAUAUCAUCAGGUCGACUCUGGUGGUCUUGAUGCUGAUUCCUCUGCUUCUCCUGAGUCUGUGGACGAGGAAGAAGAUAACUCUGAGCUCCACCACUGAACCACAUGAACCUGAAGAGAUAGAGUUAGACUCUUGUCCUGCGUAUGAGAACAUCUCAGACGCUGCAGCACAGACAGAAGACAGAGAGGAGCAGGAAGACCUGGUGUGAAGUCCAAUCAGAUGCAGUUGAACCAGAGGCUGGACUCACCUGAUGGAAACAAAGUAGUAGGACGUUGAAAUAUCACUGUGGAGAGCGAGGCUGUGGGUGUGUGUGUGUGUGUGUGCGUGUGUGUGUGGGUGUGUGUGUGUGUGUGGGGUACAUUUAGUCUUUGUCAGCUUUCAGUAGCAGCAGCAGGUAGCAGAACGUUUAGAAGAAGAACGUGGUGUCGGCAGCUUGAACUGAAUCAUGUCGAGGUGUCAGACAUGAUUUAUUCUUUAGAUCAGCUCAUAGUCAGGUCCUGUGUGACUUACUGACUUAUAACUUACUGCUUAAACUAUGUCAGCUUAUCUUUCCUGUAGAGUUAGUUAUAUUACACAAGUUGAGGGUUAAAGUUGUUUUGCAAAUGUCAUUUUGAAAUUGUACAUAAUAAGUAAGAUUUGAAAGGUCCUGAUGAUCUUCUGGGUUUGCAGCUGUCCUGGCUGACGGAGCCAAUAAAGUCUGUUCAAAACAGAGACGGUGAAGUGAAAGUAUGACAUUUUACUCCAUGUGCUGUUUAGAUUUACACACCUUGAGAUGAAACAUAAACCCAGUAGUAGCACACUUUGUUAGAUGUGACACUCUCCAAGUGUUCCUGUGUCUGAUCCAAAUGAACAGCCAGCUUCUACAACAAGUGAAGCAGCUGUUGGACAACUCUGUAGUUGGAAACAUUAGUGGACCGAAACAUUUAGAUUUCAGCUUUUCUGUUCAUUUUUCAGAAUAUCAUUUUAUUCACCAGCUAUUAAAGGUCCCAUAUCGUGCUCAUCUUCAGGUUCAUACUUGUAUUUUGUGUUUCUACUAGAACAUGUUUACAUGCUGUAAUGUUAAAAUAAAAACCUUUA